AUGGAUGUUGCAACAAAAGAACUGUGCGCUACAUGUGGUCAGUCAGCUGAAUAUUUUGGUUGUUCUGGUUGUAACCAGAGCUUCUGCAAUAAUCAUAUCGGCAGUCAUCGCCAAGAACUGGCAAAAGAGCUGAAUCACGUCGAAUGUAAAUAUGAUAUGCUAUUGCAGGAAAUAAGAGAACCGUACGUUGAGCAACAUUCACUCAUAAGUAAAAUUAACAAUUGGGAGCAACAUUCAAUUUGUUUCAUUCAACAAGCAGCCGAAACAGCUCGUCGAGAAUUACAAGAUCUACUUCAGAAGAAUAAAGAUGAAGUUAUUACAGAAGUUCACAAAUUAACACAAAAGCUGCGUUUAGCACGUGAAAUAGACGAUUACUCGGAAAUUGAUUUACAGAAAUGGACCGAUCAAUUAAAUCAACUUAAGCAUCAGUUAACAUCACCGUUGCAUAUUAUCAUUGCUACGCCAUCGAUAAACGAGAUCAGUGUCACAUCACUACAAAAAGGUACUUUAGUAGUCUUCAUUUUAACAAAGGAUGAAAUUACAUGUUAG